CAAUCACAUCGCGUAUAUCGAUCACGUGAUGAUUUGCCUUCAGGCCAUUCCCGCGCUUUUUGUACAGACGAUUUCUCCGAUUUUACGCAUUCGAGAGGCGUCCGCUCAUAGCAGAAGGUGCCCAGCCCUGCCAGAAGUAAGCUGACUCAGUGCCUUAUUUUCUUCUCGCCACAGGACAGACAACAUAGCAUCAUCAUGUCUACGGUCUCUUCCACAGCUCUCAAAGAGAAAUUCACAGAGCUAUCCCUUAUAUCGCUACUCUGUUCCUGUAUGCACAACGAUAAAGUCAAAGAUGAGGUCAUAAAAUAUGGCGAUAUGCAGGUGAAGCAACUGGACAAAAGUGGCCAGGCAUUUGAAGUGGUCAUCAAACCACCUUCAAAAGAUGCCAGUGAAGUCAAACUAUCAUCUCCGCCCAGGAGCCCAACCUGUUUGGAUGCCAAGACCAUCCAGGAGAAACUUGAGAAGGCAGAAGAGAGACGAAAGUCCAUGGAGGCAGAGACACUCAAAAAGUUGGCCAAGGAACGUGAGCAUCAGAUGGAGGUGCUGAGCAAGGCAGCGGAGGUUGAAGCAGCCUUUGCCAAGAAGGCGCAAGAGGAACUUGAGAAGAAGCAGGAGCUUUAUGAGCAGAACCAGCAAGCUCAGAGGCAGGCCAAGAUUGAACGUCUCAAGGAGAUGGAUCAGCGCGCUGAAGUCGUUCGCCAGAACAAGAUGAUAAUGACCAAUUCUCCAAAGGCUUAAGAAAAGCGUGCGCAGGAGGUUCGCAGGAACAAAAAGGAGUUUGCUACAUCUGGCUGAGGCAGUGGGGACGAGGACAAGAAGGAAUUUUGCUGGCACCCAGCUGGUACAAGCCCCCACAAGAUUUGAAUCUAAAGUUUGCCAGAUUCACAAAUCCUAUAGUGCUGUAGUUGAACUGGUAUAAAAGUGCUGCAUGUGCAAAGUGAUGUACAAAAAAAUGCUAUAACAAAAGUACGUAAAUCUUGAACACGGACUGGGAUUCCCUUAGAGAAAAUGCCACAAAUGAUACGGAGAAAUGCUAAUAAUGAUUGGUGCAUGUUUGUAGCUUCAACUUGGUGCUGGGCUUUUUGAAAUGCAAGGUAAAUUCCAAAUGCUGUGAUAUCUUUAAAAAGAGUGACACUGUUUUGUGUACCCUGCAACCCAGAAGAGCUGCUUUAACCUAGGUAACACUUUGGUCAAAGGACAUACCAAUCUUGAGAACAUAUUUCCUCAUUGCCAGGUUAAGAUCUCUGAUUCCUGGUUGUAUGUUACAGUUAUGAGGUUCCAUACAGUUUUGGUUGGUGAUCCUCAGUAAUUGGGAUAAUUUGACUGGAUGCAAGGAUAAAAAUGUUCUCUCUGGGUGUCAAGGUAUUCAUCUUCCGCCUUAAUACUUUCUUCCAAAGAUUUACACAUUAUUGAGAUAUACAAGAGCUAUGUGUCUUUCUGUACAAAAAUAGAUAGCUGUUAAAAUAAAUGGUCAGUUUACUUGAAAUAGAAAUGACAUCCAGUACAUAGAAGGUUGUUCUCACAAAUGUUCUCCAAAUACAGCUGAUGAGCAUUUUUCAGGCCUUUUCCACAUGUCAAGACAUGAAAAAAGCUGGAAAGCUGUAUUUUUUUUAUUUUAUUGUAAUGUCAAGAGGAAAACAAGAAAUUAUAUAUCCACAUUUUUCUGUUAUGUUUCACAUUAAAUCCCAUCCCUACAAUUCUGCCAGCUUUUCUUAGAAAUAUCUAGAUACAGGAUAGAUACAAUACCCAUUUAACUGGACCAAGCAACAUAUAAUGAAUCAAAGUCAUGUAUAGCAAAUCCCACUAUUCUCGACCCACAAAAGUAAAACACCAUGUAUCGUUCACUGCAUUUGUACUCCUUGUUACAUGUUUGCACUUAUUUGUUACAUUUGUUACUUCCAUGUUAAAACAUUUGUUAAAUUAAGAGUAUCAGCUCUGUAGCAAUGAUAGUGACGUAGUGAAGCACUUGUCAGCUAGAAUCUAUAUGCUUCCCUUGCUAAUAAAAUGUUAUAUAGUAGAAGAUGUGCUGGGAAACUGCUUGAAUGCCAGGAAUGGUUUGUGCAGUGUAAAGCUUCAUCACAGCGAUGUUCACACUUGUUGAAAAGGUGAUGGCUUCAAGAAAAGAGGACAA